UGAUCUAACUUUGUUGCCAUGGCUCCAAUGAGUCUCCCACCUGGGUUUAGGUUCCACCCCACUGAUGAAGAGCUUGUUGCUUACUACUUGGAGAGGAAAAUAACAGGUCGUUCAAUAGAGCUUGACAUCAUUGCUGAAGUUGAUUUAUACAAGUGCGAACCUUGGGAUUUGCCAGAUAAAUCAUUCCUUCCAAGCAAGGACAUGGAAUGGUACUUUUACAGUCCUAGGGACAGGAAGUACCCAAAUGGGUCAAGAACUAACCGUGCAACACAAGCUGGUUAUUGGAAAGCUACAGGGAAAGAUAGGCCAGUGCACUCUCAAAAGAAGCCUGUUGGCAUGAAGAAGACAUUGGUGUACUAUAGAGGUAGAGCACCACAUGGCAUUAGAACGAACUGGGUUAUGCAUGAAUACCGCUUGAUUGAAUCACUGCCUGGUGCUGCUCUUUCUUCUUUGAAGGAUUCCUAUUCGUUGUGUCGCAUUUUCAAGAAGAUGAUUCAAAUGCCUGCGAAACCUAGUAAAGAAGAAGAACAACAAGCCGAGGAUGCAAAGAAGGAAUCAAUGUGGAUCUCAGAAGAACAAAUGUUGGGAGAAGACUCAAGUGGCACUGAGUUUUCCAGAGAAAUGGAAACGGUGGAGGAAAAAAUUCUCAAUCACGAAUACCCUAAAUUUCCUUGUGACGCUUCUUCCUCUGAUCUCACUCAAGGAACAUGCACACCCACAGACACUGGUAUAGCAGAAGAUUUUCAACCACACUUUGCUUGCGAUGAAGCAAACAGUGCAACUAAUUCAUAUACAAUGGGAAUGGGAUACCCCAGCAAUCUAUUUCAGGAUGUGGAAAUACCUUCUUUUGCUGCCAUGCAUUAUCAAUUCCCAUACACACCUUUGGUGCUGGAAGACUUUCCUCAAAUUACAUUGCCAGAGACAAAGUCAACGAAACCAGAAAUGAGUGAUUCCUGCAUGUUAUAUGACAGACACAGGGACUGCAUGAAUGGAACGCUAGAAGAGAUAAUCUCCUUGUGUUGCACUCAAGAUAAUAACGUCCCUUUUCCCAUGCUAGAAUGAUUAUACUAACCCAGAUGACUCAAAAACUAUAGCAUCAAAAUAUUCAUUGACACAGAGAAACUUGUGUUGGUUAAAAUAACGACACAAACGGGGAUUGUUUUUCCAGCCUUAGAGGAAAGGCUACACAUAUAUAAUGUACUAAACAUAUAGUAGAAGAUGCUGAGCCAUGGGGGGCUCGCAUGCAAUUGGCCUUUUAAUUUUUCUUUUCUUUUCUUUUUUUGUGUUCUUCCUGUUUUUUUCAUAGGGGGUUCUUCCUUUUUUUCUUCUUUUAUGUGGGUGUUUACAUCUCUUCUCCAGUUCUGAAAGCAAAUGGAUGAGGCAAGUUUCCAAUUGUGAUGUUUUGUAUCAUUCAAAGUGUCACUUAUGCGUUACUUUACUUAAUUUCUACCUUCAAAAGUUUACAUUUUUUUAGCUAUUCAAGUAUUGAUAUAUAUGUCUGCCUCUAAAUGUAAGUUUCAGGUGUGUUUGGAUUGGGGGAGAAGUUGUGAAAAAGAGUGAUUAUAUAGAUUGAAUAAUGAUAUAUAAGGUAACACAUAUUCAUUUUCAAGAAAACAGCGUUAUAAUGUAGUUUAGAUUAUAGGAAAAAUGGUGUGUCAUUUGAUUGAAUUUGA